AUGGGAAAUAAUAACUCAGCAGGAAGCAAAUCAAGAUCUAAAUCCAACUCACCAAAAUAAUCUUCUAAUUAGUAACAAUAAAAUUUGUAAAAAUAAAAAGAGGACUUAUAAUAGAAAUUAGCAAGUGUAAAUCUUAGAUGCUAAAACAAGUUAAAUGAUAAAAGUUUGCAUGACUAAAGAUCAAACUUUUGUUUAGAAAGAGAAAACAGUGUUAAUAAAGAAUUUUUGUCAAAAACAGUCCAUUAAACUUAACAAAGUGAAAAUGAAAACAAUAACAAAAAUUUAAGCAGUUAAUAAGUUGAAGAAAUAAUUCAAUUUAACUUAAUUAGUGAAACUAAUGAAGUUUCAAUUAAGAAAUCUGCUAGUUUUGUCUGUGGAGUCAAUUUACAUGUUAAACAACCUAAGGAAUAAAGUGAAAGAGUUCCUAUGGAUUUAAUCUGUGUAAUUGAUGACAGUGGUUCAAUGUCUGGUAAAAAAGCUCAAUUAGUUAGAAAAUCUCUCAAAUAUCUUCUUAAAAUUAUGAAUGAGAACGAUAGAAUUUGCCUAAUUAGCUUUGAUAGUGUUGAAAAAAUUUUAACUCCCUUUUUAAGAAACAAUUUGGAAAACAAAUCUGAGUUAAAAAAGGCUAUAAAGAACAUAGUAGGCAGAGGAUCUACUAAUAUUGAAGCAGGUAUGGAAGCAGGUUUAUGGAUGAUUAAAAAUAGAAAAGAAAAAAAUCCUAUCACUUGCAUGUUUUUGCUCUCUGAUGGUUAAGACGAUUCUCCUUAAGUAGACUUAAGAGUAUAAAAGCUUAUAUAAUCUUAUGAUAUAUAAGAUACUUUUAUUGUAAACACUUAUGGAUAUGGAGCCGACCACGACGCUACUUAAAUGAGAAACAUAGCUGAAACACACAAAGGAGGUUAUUAUUACAUUGAAGAUGUUAAAAAGGUUUCUGAAUGGUUUGUACUUUCUAUAAGUGGUCUCUUAAGUGCAGUUGGUGAAGAUGUUAGAAUUAGAAUUAAGUCUUAAAAUAGUUAACAAACAAAAUUAGCAAUUACUCAAGUUUAUGGAGGUGAUUAACUUUGGGUGAAGUAGGAUUAUGAGAAAGGCGUCUUUGAGAUAUAUCUACCUCAUUUAGUAAUUGGAGAUAACAAGUUCUUUGUUUUUGAUUUGCAGUUUAAUUCUGAACAGUUCAAAUUAACUGAUCAAAACAGAUCUCUUGCAGCUCUUGAAGCUGAAUUAGAAAUUAAAGCUGUUAAGGAGGAAUACAUUAUCCGUAAAAAUGAUACACUUUAAAUUGAUUUUAAGGAUGCUGAUUAGGAUUAAAUUAAGAAUAACUCUACACAAGCAUACUAUGAAGAAAUGAUGGUUACUCAUUCCAGAGCAGUUGGAGGAUUAAAAAUUAAAUAGGCAAAUCAACUUAUCAAUUAAAAGAAAGAUUAUACUUAGGCAAAGGCAAUCCUUUAGCAAUAUAAAGAUGAAAUGAUCUCUAAAAAUGCAAUGCUUAAGGAUAAUAAUGGCAUAAAGCAUCUUGACGAAGAUCUAGAUGAAGCUAUUGGAAAAUGUGCUCCAUAACUCUACAGGUAGGCCUCCUUUGAUAAAAUGGAAGUUAUUCACUGUUAGAGACGUAAUUCUAUUUGCCACUAAGAAGAUUGGAAUGAAUGUCAACAAGAAAUUAUGGGUAAAUUUAAAAAUAAUGAUAUUUGUUUGAGUGAUGAUUCUUGCUCAGAUGAUGAAAGUGAUCAAAAAAAGAAACCUUCUUAAGUUAAUUCUUAAAAACGUAAUCCAACUCAUAUGUAACAAUAUUCUGAUGAAUAUUAAUCAGACUCUGAUGAGGAAGAUACUUAAUAAAAUUAAUAAAUUUCUCAAUAAUAAUAAAACUUAAAUUAAAUUAAAUUAUAAAGAAGAUUUUCUUGA